AUGUCAAACACACUAUCGAGUUCUCUGGCUGAGGCGAAGCUAGUUCCCGGCGCGGCAGCUAGUCUAAUCCCCGAGGGUUUCAAGCCCAGCGUCAACCUGCAUGUCUCGUUUGACGGCAAGGACGUUCAGUUAGGGAACUUAUUUCGUGCGACCGAGUGCAAGCGCUCACCCAGUAUCUUGUUUGAUCAAGAGGCUGAUGCGCCGGGUGAUGCUACAUACAUGCUUCUUCUCGUUGAUCCUGAUGCGCCGACACCCGAUGACCCCAAGUUUGCCUUUUGGCGGCACUGGGUUCUCCCCGGCUUGAGACCCUUGGGAAGCGCCGAUGCUGUUGCCCAAAUUCAACCUGCGCUGACAGAAUAUCUGGGACCCGGCCCCAAGGAUGACUCAAAGCCUCACAGAUACUUACUCCUCCUCUACCGCCAACCUUCCAACCUUGAUCUGACAAAGGAUGAUGUUGGAGGUGAAGAGUUUACGCAAAGACGGUCUUUCGACACCGCCAAGUUUGUCGAAAAGUAUGAUCUGCAACUGGUGGGCGUGAACUGGUUCCUCGGUGCCGGAGAUGGCUGGAAAGAGUAA